AUGGCGGCGAUGUGCGCGCCGACGUUUGAGGAUGUCCAGGCGGCUCAGACACGGAUUGCCGGGAAAGCACACGUGACGCCCGUAUUGACCUCGCAACAGAUGGACCGCAGAGCUGGUUUACAGUUGCACUUCAAGUGCGAGACCUUUCAAAAAGGGGGCUCCUUCAAGAUCCGCGGCGCCCUCAACGCCAUCUCAAAGCUGCCAGAUGAUGUGCGCGACGUGGUAACGCACAGCAGUGGCAACCAUGCACAGGCCGUGGCUUUGGCCUGCCAACUCACCGGACGAAAUGCGCACAUCGUCAUGCCGGACAAUGCCCCCGCGGUCAAGCGCGCGGCCGUCGUGGACUAUGGCGCUCGCGUUAUUACGUGCGAGUCCACACAGCCCGCUCGAGAAGCUGCUGCUGAAGCCACCCGGGCGGCGCUGCCCAAGAGUGCGCUGAUCCCCCCCUACGACCAUUGCGACGUCAUUGCUGGCCAAGGUACCAUGGCCCUGGAGCUGCUGGAGCAAGUUCCAGGCCUUGAUGCCCUGAUCGUUCCCAUCGGUGGCGGUGGCAUGCUAGCGGGCAUCUGCUUGGCAGCCAAGGGGAUCCGACCCGACAUCAAAGUCAUCGCGGCAGAGCCAGCCAGAGCCGAUGACUGCUAUCAGUCCAUUCGCGAUCAACAGCAUGUUCUGCUCAAAACCUACCCAGAUACGGUUGCGGAUGGCCUGCGCACCAGCAUGGGCAACUUGAACUGGCCCAUCAUUCGGGAUCACGUAGACAAGGUCUUCACGGUGUCGGAACAUGACAUUAUCCAAGGUCAACGCUUGGUGAUGGAACGCAUGAAGGUGGUCAUCGAACCCAGCGCUGGUGUGCCGGUGGCCGUGGCAAUGUCUGAUGAGUUUCGGGCCUUUGCGGAAUCCCACAAGCUGCGCUCGAUGAUGCGUCUGCUGAGCGGCGUACUCCUGGUUGUCGCCGCUGUGGCUGCCACCGAUGGGAACAAGCCCAGGAUCUGGAACGAUGGCGAUGGUAACAUCCACAUCAACAGUUCUCAGACUGGCUCUACUAACUCGCGCGUGUUCAUCAAUGGGGUCGAUGUCGUGCAAGAACUGAUCGAACUGCAACAGAUGUACGAACAGUAUGCCUCCACAUUGCUUCCCCGCGUCGAUUAUACCGGUAAUCUCGGUUGUACCGAUGCCAUGGUGGCUACCAAUGUCACCCACUUGGUGGGCAACAUCGAGCUCGCCAACUGUGGUGGGCUACAGGACCUGCAGGGCCUUCAAUCCCUCGUGAGCGUGUCCGGCAAUGUCCGCAUUCAUAGCCUCGGUGCCUUGGAAAAUGUGGAUGCACUGGGCAGUCUGACCGUCGUGGGUGGCUACGUCUCGAUCAAGCGAUGCCGCAACUUACCUUCUACCCUUCGUGCCGUCGUGAUCGCACUCCGAAAACACACCUCUUGUGCUGGCGACGUGGCCUAUUGUGGCGUAAUUUAG